AUGGCGACAUCAGCUCCUGAUUUCUCUUCCAAGAAUGCCGCGACACAUCUUGAAGAUGUUGAAGAUCCGAAGAACCGUAUCAAUGUCAGCUUCGCUCAGAAUAUAAAUGCAAAAAUCUGCAAUCCCCUAGCCGGAAUUCCAAAACCCGAGCUUCUCGCCAGCGUCGCCUCCUUUUGCGAAACCUAUGGCCUAACCGACAAACUCUCCGUUUUCGAAAAAGGUGCUCUUGUAGCCCAAAUCCCAGAAAACUUCGAGAGCAUUGAAGAGCUUACCGAAGACGACAAAUACCACCUCCGUCGUGAGAUAACUCAUAAGUGGCAUCUCCCAAAAGACCUCUACUACACCAUCGCCCUCUGCUCUCUCGGCUCUGCUCUCCAAGGUUGGGACAAUACUGGUGCUAAUGGAGCAAAUCUGUCUUUUCCCGAGGAAUUCGGGAUAUCGCACAACACCUGGCUUAUAGGUUUCAUCAACUCAGCUCCGACGAUAUCCGGUCUCUUCGCCGCCUGGCUUGCUGAUCCACUCAAUAAUUGGGUUGGGAGACGAGGUGUUAUUUUCUUCACUGGCCUCUUCUGCGUUUUUCCCGUUCUGGCCCAAGCUUUCACGCAGAAUUGGUGGGGCUUACUGCUCUGCAGGUUGAUCAUGGGGAUAGGGCUUGGCAUCAAAAUUACCACUAUUCCAAUUAUGACCAGUGAGGUUGUUCCAGCUGUCAUUAGGGGUGGACUGGUGAUGAGCUUCCAGCUUUGGGUUGCGUUUGGGAUUUUGGUGGGGUUCAGUUCGAAUCUGAUUUUCUAUGAUAUUGGGAGGUUGGCUUGGAGGUUUCAGCUUGCGGCUGCGUUUGCACCCGCUAUUCCCGUGCUGAUCUUUAUUUGGUUUUGUCCUGAAUCACCAAGAUGGUUGCUAAAGAAGUACCGCAUCCAAGAAUCCUUCGCCUCCUUCUGCCGUCUUCGGAAUUCUGAGGUCCAAGCAGCGCGUGAUCUGUACUACGCCUACAACCAAUUCCUCACCGAAGAAGAAGCCUUCGGAGGUUCCUCUUUCUUCACCCGCUUCACAGAUCUCUUCCGCGUCCCUCGCAUCCGACGCGCAACCAUGGGCGGCGCAAUCGUGAUGGCCGCUCAACAAUUCUCCGGCAUCAACAUCAUGUCCUUUUACUCGUCCACCAUCUUCGCCAACGCGGGCUACAACACGAAAAAUACCCUGUUGGCCUCUUUCGGCUUUGGUCUCAUCAAUUUCGUCUUCGCGUUCCCGGCUAUUUGGACGAUUGAUACUUUUGGUCGGAGGAAUUUGCUACUGUUUACGUUCCCGAAUAUGGCGUGGUGUUUGAUUGCUGCCGGGUGUUGUUUCUUGUUGCCUGAUAGUGCGGCGGCUAGACUUCCGCUGAUUGCGUUUUUUAUUUAUUUGUUUACUGCUUUUUACUCUCCUGGUAUUGGACCAGUACCAAAUGUGUACGCAGCAGAGUGUUUCCCGCUCUCUCAUCGAGAAAUCGGAGCGGCGAGUUGCAUCUUUGUCAAUAAUGCGUUGUCGAGUAUUUUGGGAUUGACUUUCCCCUCGUUGCUGGCUGGGAUUACUCCUACUGGUGCCUUUGGUUUCUAUGCUGGUUUAAACAUGUUGGCUUUUGUCAUCAUCUUUUUCUUCUUACCAGAAACAAAGCAACGCACACUCGAAGAACUAGAUUAUAUCUUUGGCGUCCCUACCCGUCGUCAUGCAGCGUACUAUGGUGGGACUUGGCUUCCGUGGGCUGUGAAGAGGUAUUUGUUCUUCCAGGGCAAGGCGAAGAUAGAGCCACUUUAUCAUAUUGAGGGGUUUGGAGGCGAGGAUUAG